AAUCAAGCCGACCCAACCUCCCUCUCCAUUACUUUCUUGCUCGUCGAUAGCGCUGGUCGCAAUUCAUUCUUUUCUGAUUUCACCACAUCCACGAAGCUAGCUUUCAGGCUUCACCUCUUCUCGAAUUCUAUUGCCCGCAGGACCGGGCCUUUGGCCUACAAUUGGGACACUGGACACAAAGCGACUUCUCUCAGCCAUCAAGUUCUGUAAAAACACUGGUGGAGUUGCCAAGAGGCCAGUCAUCAUGAUGGACAUGGACAUGCCCGGCAUUCAGAUGGGUGCCGGCACCUCCCCCUCUCAAGCCGAAGCAGCCACCCCAGCAGUCGCAACCCCGAGCCAAGCAACAUUGCCGGUAACGAAAGCCGCUGCUGUCGGUCACGACGAAGAGUCACCUACCACUGCCGAAAUAUCAGGUAUGGACAGUAUGGGUGGCAUGCGCACCUCAUUCCACAUCGGCACCGGCGACGCUCUCUGGAUCCCGUCAUUGGCGCCAUCGACGGGGGCCGGCUACGCUGGCGCCAUCAUCCUUCUCAUGCUCUUGACUGUGUCGCUGCGCUUCGUUAUCACACUGGAGCACAUGAUCAACAAGCGCCGGAAAGGGAAGAGAGCCCUCGACGAAGCCGAGGAGGCUGGGAGCUACUUUAAGCAGUCUGGGUCCGAUGGAGAAGACUCGGGCAGUACACCGCCCAAGUUCAAGCUGUCUGUUCUGCUUCCCAGGGCUUCGUUCCUCGUGCUAACCAUGGCUCUUGGAUACUUGCUCAUGCUUGCCGUUAUGACUUUCAAUGUUGGCUACCUUCUGGCCAUUCUGGGUGGCGGUUUCUUGGGCGAGAUCGCCUUCAGCUGGGUCAAAGACUAAGCAUGCCCGGUGGAGAGAACCAGA